UUUUUCUUGAUAUUUUUCAACCAUGGGCUCCAUGUUCCGCUCCGAGGAGAUGAGCCUCGUGCAGAUGAUCAUCCCGACGGAUGCCGCGUACGAGGUGGUCGGCCAGCUCGGCGAGCUCGGCAUCGCCCAGUUCCGCGACCUCAACCCGGAGGUGUCUGCCUUCCAGCGCCACUACGUCAACGAGGUCCGUCGCUGCGACGAGAUGGAGCGCCGCGUGCGCUUUUUUGAGCUGCAGCUCGGCAAGGCCGAGAUUCCGAUUCCCGACGUCGAGGAGGUCCCCUCUGAGGUUGGCCGCAGCUCGGCCUCGCACCCUUCGCCCCAGCAGAUGGACGAGCUCGAGUACAAGUUCACCCAGCUCGACAAGGAGCUCAAGGAGAUUAACACGAACGAGGAGAUGCUCGACCGCAACAACCUCGAGCUGACCGAGCUGUCGCACAUUCUGCGCUCGACUCGCGAGUUUUUCGAGGAGGCCCAGACACACAACUUUGACGACAACAGCGCGGCGGCUCCCGGUGGUCGCGACGAGCACGCCAGCCUGCUCGGCGACGCUGAGGCCGGUGCCGUCUAUGGCGCCCACACUGUCCGCGUCGGCUUUGUUGCUGGCGCCAUCCCGCGCGAGCGCAUCCCCGUGUUUGAGCGCGUCCUCUGGCGUGCCACCCGCGGCAACGCCUUCCUCCGCCACGCGCCCGUCGAUGCCGAUCUCACCGACCCCACCACCAACACGGUCGUGCCCAAGUCCGUCUUCCUCGUCUUCUUCCAGGGUGACCAGCUCGAGGCCCGCGUCCGCAAGAUUGCUGAGGGCUUCUCGGCCACCAUCUACCCUUGCCCGCAGACGGCCAACGAGCGCUACGACCUCGGCCUCCAGGUUGCCCAGCGCCUGCAAGACCUCGAGUCUGUGCUCAAGAAGACCCGCGACCACCGUCGCCGUGUCCUCGCAACCGUGGCUCUGCAAAUCAGCUCGUGGUCCAUCCAGAUCAAGAAGAUCAAGGGCAUCUUCCACACGCUCAACAUGUUCAACAUUGACGCGUCGUCCAAGUGUCUCGUGUCUGAGGCGUGGGUGCCCAACUGCUUCCUGCCCGACAUGCGCGGCGCUCUCUCCCGCGCGACCGAGCGCAGCAGCUCGACCAUCCCUCCGAUCGUCCACGUGCUGGCGACCCGUCUGAAGCCCCCGACCUUCCACCGCCUGAACAAGUUCACGGCCGGCUUCCAGAACAUUGUCGACGCCUAUGGUGUUGCCUCGUACCGCGAGGUCAACCCCGCGCCGUUCGCCAUCAUCACCUUCCCCUUCCUGUUCGCCGUCAUGUUUGGCGAUUUCGGCCACGGUUUCCUGAUGGCCCUGGCAGCCUGGGCGCUCAUCCACUGGGAGAAGCCGCUCGCUCGCUACAAGGAGGGUGGUGAAAUCUUUGACACCUUCUUUGGCGGUCGCUACAUUAUCCUGCUCAUGGGUCUCUUCUCGAUUUACACUGGCUUGAUUUACAAUGACAUUUUCUCGCGCUCGGUCGACUUUUUCGGCUCUGGCUGGGACGUCCCCUCCGUCACCAAGGUUGUCGUCGGCAACUGGACUGGCUACUCGGGCACCUUCAACGGCACCUUCUACGACGGUCUGACCCACAACACCUCCCUCCCCGAGGACCUCUACCUCGAUCCCCUGUGGAACACGCACACGUACGUCUUUGGCAUGGACCCCGUCUGGGCGAUGGCUGAGAACCGCCUCACCUUCCUCAACCCCUACAAGAUGAAGAUGUCGGUCAUUCUUGGUGUUUGCCAAAUGCUCUUUGGCAUCGUCCUCGGUGUCUUCAACCACACGUACUUUAAGCGCACCCUCAACAUUGUCUGCGAGUUUAUUCCCCAGGUUCUCUUCCUGCUGUGCAUCUUUGGCUACCUCGUCCUCAUGAUCUUCUACAAGUGGGCCAACUUCUGGCCGCACUCGAAGGCCCCGUCUCUCCUCAUCACGCUGAUCAACAUGUUCCUCAAGUUUGGCAACAUUGAGACUGAGGACAUUCUGUACGGCGCCGAGGGAGCGCAAGCCAACCUGCAGUCUGCCCUCGUCAUUAUUGCCCUCAUGUGCGUCCCCUGGAUGCUCAUCCCCAAGCCCUACCUUCUCAUCCGCGCCAACAAGCGCCACGCUCACGCUCCUCUGCACGACCACGACGACCAGGGCCACCUCCUUGGCGGCGAAGAGCACGCUGCCCCGCAAGUCGCCGCUGUCAAGGCUGCCGACGAGCCCGAAGAGGAAUCGCACGAGCCUGGUGAAAUUAUCGUCCACCAGUGCAUCCACACGAUCGAGUUCUGCCUCGGCUGCAUCUCCAACACUGCCUCGUACCUUCGUCUGUGGGCUCUCUCGCUCGCCCACGCCCAGCUUUCGGAAGUUCUUUGGGACAUGGUCAUGCACGCUGGCUUUGGCAACCCCGCCCUCCUCUUCUUUGCGUGGGGCGGCUGGGCGUUCCUCACCAUUGCCGUUCUGCUCAUCAUGGAAGGUCUCUCUGCCUUCCUGCAUGCCCUCCGUCUGCACUGGGUCGAGUUCCAGAACAAGUUCUACGAAGGCACUGGUCGCAAGUUCCACCCCUUCUCGUUCGAGGCCCUCAUCAAGGGUCAGGACGAAGAGUAAAGCGAGCUUGCUUGUCCAUCUGUUCCUUUUGCUUUUGUGUGUAUGAUUGAUGAUGUGUGAAUUUUAAUCCGUACAACUUGAAAUGAUAAGCAAGUUCAGUUUUCAGUUA